AUGCCUCGUCGUGUGGAAGCUACUGCAACAGUUGAGGCCUUGGAGGAAGAUCUAGUGGAGAAGAAUGAACAAACGGUUGCUGCGGGUCCGACACCCCUCGCGGCGCUGGAAGGCGUGCAGGGUAUCACCGCCUCUGACUUGAAAAAGCUACGAGAGGAGGGCGGUGUGCACAGUGUCGAGGCUGUCGUCUACCUGACCAUGAAGCAACUCACCUCUAUCAAAGGCGUUAGCGAAGCGAAAGCGGAGAAGCUGAAAUCUGCCGCAGCCCAGUUGGUGAUGGCUGGUUUCACCACCGCCACGGAAGUGCAUCGAAUACGAAAAGAUCUGGUUUUUCUGACGACCGGCAGUAAGGAGCUCGACGCGUUGCUCCAAGGCGGUAUUGAAACAGGGAGUAUUACGGAGCUGUUCGGGGAGUUUCGCACCGGCAAGUCACAGCUGUGUCACACCUUGUGCGUCACCUGCCAGAUGCCUGUCGCCGAGGGUGGCGCCGAAGGCAAGGCCCUCUACAUCGAUACCGAGGGCACCUUCCGCCCCGAGCGCAUCGUACAGAUUGCGGAGCGUUUCCAGCUGGAUCCGCAAGAUGUUCUGGAUAACGUUGCAUUUGCCAGAGCGUAUAAUACCGACCACCAGAUGGAAUUACUCAUGCAGGCAGCGGGCCUGAUGAGCGAAAGCCGUUACGCCCUCGUCGUUGUUGACUCGGCCACUGCGCUCUACCGCACGGACUACUCUGGGCGUGGCGAGCUUGCCGCCCGUCAGCAACACAUGGCUCGAUUCCUGCGCGCCCUCCAGCGCCUCGCUGAUGAAUUCGGCGUAGCGGUCGUCAUAACAAACCAGGUGGUCGCGAAACCCGACGCCAUGAUGUUUGCUGAUCCGCGCGUUCCGAUUGGUGGCAAUAUCAUUGCUCAUGCGUGCCAAACUCGUCUGUAUUUUCGCAAGGGUCGCGGUGAGAACCGUAUCUGCAAGAUCUACGAUUCUCCAUCGCUCCCUGAGGCCGAAGCGAGCUUUGCUAUCACCGAGGGAGGUGUUGCCGAUCCAGUGGACUAG